AUGGAGCUGACAUCUCGUAAAAUGAAGCUAACGGACGAACUUCAUAAAUUUUGGGGUUCGGCAACCCUCCUCCUGCUUGUUAGUCGAUGCUGCGACUCCAUCGCCGCUGGCCGUCGCGUCAUGGCGGCUGUCAAUCGGAAUAUGUUUGAUGCCUGCGUCGCAGUCGAGCGCCCUCAAGGAGCGUCGCUGCUGGUCUUACCACUGAAUCUGAUUGCGUUGAUUGUCGCUUCUUUAGACGACCCGGGCGAUCUCGCUCGUCUGUGCCAGACAUGUCGGGUCCUCAACUACAUGGCCCUCCCCCAACUCUACAAAAACCUCACUCUGACCUCGUACGAUAAAAUCCGAUACCGUGGCGAAGAACCUGAAGGCAUGGGAAGUGCCAGCCCGUUUUCCAUGGGCUUGAAUGCCGUCAUCACACGACCAUAUGCAUCGCUGGUUCGGUCGCUGACCCUGCGGGGUGACUGGCGGGAGCUGGAGCUGGAAGAACAUGCGCGUGUCGGCCGGGUCCCAGAUUCGUCGAUGAUGCUGAAUAUCGCCGCACGGGCUGCGGUGGAUCGAAUGUCGGAGCUGCAGACCUUCAGCUGGGAACUCAGCACGAAAAUGCUCGAGACCGUUUACCUGGGUCUGGCGCAGCUGCCCAAACUGACAUCAUUAACGGUCAGAUUCCCUUCGAGCCGGCACCCCCGACCCACAAUCACCAUUCCCGCGAUGCCUCACCUGCGAUACCUCAAAAUCACCGAUAUCGAUCCUCUGUGUUACCCGGAUGACAUCUCGACCCUGCUUUGGAAAGCCCGCAAGUUGGUGGAGCUUAAACUCCACUGGUCGCCCCGCAUGAGGAAUGUGCAGGAGCCCAGUGUUAUGCUCCACGACUACUUUCGCAAGUGCACGGCCGCAAAGUACCAGAUAGGAAUCCGGAAACUAGGGCUUCAGAACCUUUAUGCUCGUCACAGCGAAGAGUUCAACACCGCAUUCGACUACACGACCGUAAAGGAGGUCACGAUCCUCAAUGGGACAUGUUCAGACGCAUCAAAUACCUUGAACACAUUCGUCGAUAGUACUUGGCCCGUAAUACCGCGUGACAGACCCGUGGGACUCAAAUCAAUUCGUGUAGACAUCUGCAGUCAACGACAAGUCGAGUUUUUCGCCGGGUUUACGGGGCUGGAGAAGAUCUACUUCGUCAGCACGACCAACCCCUAUGAAUAUAUCAAUUCCCCGAGACAGCUCGCUCCCCCUACAACCCUCACACCACCAGCAUCAGAACAUACAACCUCAUCUCAUGACCUAGGAACACCUUCUGCUACAACCACCCGGUCGAACUCGCCAACCCUUCAGGCCAGCAUCCGUGAUUCCACUCUCAAUAGUCUCGUACUUAACCAUGCUGCAACUCUCCGACACCUCCUGCUGCCCAGCCGUUGGCCGCUCCCGCCAAAUGUCAUGGCUCGUCUCGUGCACGCCAGUCCGCAGCUGGAACAGCUAUCUUUUGCCCCAGAAUUCUCUAGCAUGGACACUCUCGGUCUGCUCCUACCAUUCUUACGCAAUCUCAAAGCAUUGCGCUUCCUUAUUCCGGACGGGAGCGCCGCCUCGGGACCUGAAACCCCUUGUUCUCUAUAUGUAAAACCUAAACCUGGGAUGCCGCAUCCAAAAGGCGCCACGGGGCCGAUGCAUGGCCCGCGGUCAUUCGCGGAGUUUAUAGCCCUAGAUGAUGAAGUCAUGGCCGAGAAACUAGGCGAAGCCCUUUCGGACCAGCAAAUUUUCCAGCACCUGAAAGUAUUCGGCAUCGGUCGCAAAGGCUUCCUCCUUGGCGAGUACUACACUGUUCCCGCAGACCAGGAGCAAAUGGGGGGCGGGAUACAGUCCCAAACGCCCGGGGCGUCUCGCGCGACGAGCGCGGACCUCAACGGAAGCCACGAGCGAAGCCCCUUGGGUGGUCCCGUCGGCACGUCGCAGCAGGAUCAAGAGAACGGGUCGGGCGCGGGUCUUUUGAGCCCGGGGUCCAACUCCCCCAAGGGACAUUUACAAACGCCGCGAAAGCCCCCUUCCUUACUGGGGAAACGAGCCCGAGAAGACGACGUUUCUGUCGUGCCUUCCGACCAACAAGAGGAGGAGGAGGAGGAGCCACUCGCUGAGAUGAAUGAGGGUACCUGCUUCAUGACCGACCCGAAGCGUCGGUCUUGGCGACGCCGAGUGCGUCGCGUAGGUUGGGAUGUUCUUAAAAAUUGGGAAAUCUGGGGACUGGAUACACAGGAGCUGUAG